AUGUGGAAGCUGCAGGAGUUAGCGGGAGGUGGGCAAGUCUCCUCAUCCUCUUCCUUCUUCUCCUCCUCAUCCUUCUUCUUUUCCUCCUUCUUGUUCUCCUCCUCUUUUUUCUUUUCUUCCUUCUCCUCCUCCUUCUCCUUGUCCUUUUUCUUUUCUUUCUCUUCCUCCUCCCCUUCUUCUUUUCUUUCUCCUCCUCCCCUUCUUCUUUUCUUUCUCCUUCUCCCCUUCUUCUUCUUCUUUCACCUAUUCCUUAUUUUCUUUGUUUCUUUGUUUGUUUCUUUCUUCCUUUCUUCCUUUCUUUCUUUCUUUCUUUCUUUCUUUCUUUCUUUCUUUCUUUCUUUCUUUCUUUCUUUCUUUCUUUCUUUCUUUCUUUCUUCUACAUUCACCCCUUCCUUCUUUUCUUAUAUCAUUUAUUUUUCUUUCUCUACCAUUAUAACUAUUUUUCUUCUUUCUUAUUGCUUGCUUUCUGGUUUCGGUUACAACUGCCUUCUCCUCCUUAUUCUUGUUAUACAUCUCUUUACUUCUCUAUACUCAUCUAACAACUUUCUUUACUUUCGACCUUUUCAUUUAGUAUUUCCAUCUUUUCGACUUCCUCUUCUUCCUCCUCCUGUUGUUUUUCAUCAUUUUCAUUUAUUGUCAUCGUCUUUCAUCUUUUUUUUUUCUAUUCGUCUUCAUCCUCGUCCUCUUUUUUUCCUUUCUCUCUUUUCUUUUUGCAUUUCAAUGUCAUUGAACUUCAAUUCGACAUUGUUUUUCUACACUUCCUUCAUAACCAAAAUAGUUGUCUUCACUCGUGGCUCAUCAACAACUCCUUCCCCCAUCCCCCCACCCCUCGACAUGGCCAGGGCAUCAAACCGAUUUUUACUACUUGAUUUCCUUCCUCCGUGUUUUUCGACUUUUUUUCUCUCUUUCCUUCAUUCGUUCUUUGCGGGUCUUUUUAUCUUUCUUUUUCUUCUUCAUUUGUUCCAUCUCAUUCCUAUCUUCCUUCCUUUCUUUCUUUCUUUCUUUCUUUCUUUCUUUCUUCCUUCCUUUCUUUCUUCCUUCCUUUCUUUCUUUCUUUCUUUCUUUCUUUCUUUCUUGCGCCCACAUAAUCGUUUUCAUCCUAUUUUUUUUCACUUCUUUAAUUCAUUUUCCGCCGUCGUCUUGGUCGCCAUCGCCAUCAUCAUCAUCAUCAUCAUCAUCAUCAUCAUCAUCAUCAUGAACUUCUUCCUCCUCCUCCUCCUCUUCUUCUUCUUCUUCUUCCAUCAUCGUCAACUUCUUUAUCUUCUUUUUGUUACCCUCCCCUUUUACCUUCCUUCAUUUAUCUUCCUCCGCCACAUCAUCAUCUUUUUUCCACACUUCUAUCUACAUGAUGAUCAUCAACUUCUUCGAUUUCUUCCACCACCACCACUACCACCAGUAGCAGUACCACCGCCACCACCACCACAACCACCGCCACCGCUACCAUUUCUUCAUCCCCAUCUUCAAGUUCUUGCAAUUCCCACUACACUUCAACAUUUCUUUACCUGUUCUUUAUCAUCAUUUCUAAUCAGCCUCCGACUAGAGGCACCGCCCAAAUUCAGUAUUGCGGGGGCGGCUGCAAUAAAAGAAGAAAGAGAAAGAAAGAAAGAAUCUUUAACAAAGGAUAAAAGUUGCAUCUAUCUAUCUAUUAUUCUAUCUAUCUAUCUAUCUAUCUAUCUAUCUAUCUUUUUUUUAUCUUAA